AUGAUCUGCCCAUUCUGGGACUUUGUCGUCCUUUUCCAUCGCUCCAUGCUGACGGCAUGGGUCGAUUUCCUCUGCGGCCGCAAAACCCCCGACAACGGCCCCGUGCCAAUUGGCGGUGGCCUCUUUGGCGGCGGCGCUAGCAGCAGUAGUAGUCGCAAGCAAAUCAUCGAGCGCGAUCACUCGCGAGUCUCGCGUCGAUCAUACGCCAGUCCGAGUCCAGUCGGCGACAUGCCUCUUACCGUGCUGGAGAGCCAAAAGGUCGCAGGUUGGCAGUCUCCCAUCCCUGAAAGGAGGUACGUCGCGCCUCAGAGAAGUUUCUCAGCACCCCGACGGCCUACAUUCUCGAACGAAGACGAUGAUGACAAAGAUUACUCGCACCAUUACCCCAGUUUCAGAACAUAUAGUUCUAUCGCGUCGUCUCCGAAGAGCAGCAAGUGA